AUCGGCUGUUUUGGAGACACCGUAACUCCCUUAUCGACGGCGAAGAUUCUUAUUUUAUUUAGGUGUUUGCGGGCUGAUCUUUGUAAUAUGACGACAAUACGGCCUUUUAAAUGUGAUGAUUUGUUUAGGUUCAACAAUGUGAAUAUGGACCAUCUCACAGAAACUUAUGGGAUUCCAUUCUAUCUUCAAUACUUGGCUCAUUGGCCUGAGUAUGUUCAAGUUUGUGAAGCCCCUGGAGGUCAAAUCAUGGGAUACAUCAUGGGCAAAGCUGAAGGAUCUGUCGCCCAAGAGACAUGGCAUGGUCAUGUGACUGCAUUGUCCGUUGCCCCAGAAUAUCGGAGGCUGGGAUUGGCUGCGAUCAUGAUGAAUAUUCUGGAGGAGAUAUCGGAGAGAAAAGACUGUUACUUUGUUGACCUGUUUGUCCGUGUGUCAAAUGAGAUUGCGACCAGCAUGUACACCCGUCUAGGUUACACUGUAUACAGGAAGGUACUAGAAUACUACUCAGGCGAUCCUGACGAAGAUGCUUAUGAUAUGCGGAAGGCUCUGAGUAAAGACAAGGAUAAGAAGUCUGUGAUUCCUCUGAAGAACCCUGUCAGACCUGAAGAAGUGGAAUGACAAUGAGCUGGUAAACUUGACUAGGAGCAUUGGAACUUAGGACAUCAUGGUAUCUGAAUACAGGAUACACUUAUCAGUACCCAUUACAGGACAAUGGGGCAUGUAUUCUUUUAGGACAACUCAGUGGUCUUCGUUAGAGAACAGACUUGACAUUGCUCUGAAAGAUUGCACCGUUGAUUCACACAUUUUGACUGCCUUGCCUCUUCAUACAAGUUAUGAUUUCUUCAGAAUAUUUGCAUUAUUUUGUUGCCUGGAUUUCAAACUAUCAGAGUAUUUAAGGUCUCCUUUUGCAGAGUAGCCUUUAUUUUAAAAAAACCAAAGCAACAUCCAAAAUAUGGUCAUUUACAUGAAUAUAUAUGUAUGUAUGUGAUGUGUGGAAUGUCAUUGUAGCUAUUGGAGGCUUCACAAAGCAUAGCAAUUGAUUAUGAUCGAUCGAUUAGUUGAUUGUACACAUCAAUCAGCUGCUGACUUUGUGUUACAUGACCAAGCUGGCCCAUUAUUAUAGGCUAUGAUCAAUUAUAGAACCUGUAGUAGUUUGUACCAAGCCUGAUAUGUGUGUCUGUCAUAAUUUGAUGUUUCUGCCUCUCUGAUUGUGGUAUUCACUCCACUCAUUGCAUAUAGAGAUAGAUGGACGUGUACCUGUAUUAUCAUCACAUAAUUCAUAGUGUACAAUUUCAACAAUUAUUUUAUAAUAGCAGCAAGAGGUGUAAAAUCUAUUGUUUGCAUUGAUAAUCAUUCAUGAUAUUUCGGCCAUACUUUUUAUGCAGUCUCUUUGUGUGUCCUAAGCCCAAUGCUCUAAGUUAGGUUUACCAAUAUAUAUAUGUGAUGCAAUUUUUAAAGGUCUUUUAUGUUCUUUUGUAGACCUUGUUUUCUAUUAUAUUCUAAUUGCAUUAAAUAGCAGGAAACUAAAUAGCUUAAUUUCAAUGCACCUUGUUUCAAUUGUAAAACUCAUUUAAAGUUCUUUUUAGGUAAUUGCACAAAAUACAUUAUAGGUUAAUCCCAUCUUGCAGACUUGGUAUCAUUUUCUGUAUUUUUUACAUGUAUGCUUUAAUAAUUCGUGACAAAGUGAAACCUUCUCUUUGCUCAACAUUAUUUGAUAUUGAUUUGAUUGAAGAUUUUAAAUUGUUGUCCAUAUAUUUAUAUUUUUUGGUAAUAAUUUAGCAUGUGAAUGUGAUAUUAUGUUUACAAUAUUACAGAUUUUCCUUUACACUGAAUAAUUUAAUUAUGUGAUUCCUGGUAAAUUUCUAUUGUUUACUUUUUGUAUUGUUAUUAAAAGCAAGGAUUCAAGGAAUCCCUGAUGUAAAUAUAUCAAAA